GUGCCGAACGUCGACACCGCCCUGAAGGCCGAGUUCGACUCGUCCUGCAUGGGUCUGCGUUGCGGCGGUGACUAUCCUUGCCCGUACGCCGACAACGUAGCCGCGCACCCGCAUGUGGAGAAUAUGCCCAACCGAACGGUCGACGGAUACAAGCGCGAAGGGAAUAGUGUCAUCCUUGUCCUUUACGCCUCCUUCGCGGAGGUUUGGACCACCACGGGCACAGAGGCAGCAGUGAACGAGAAGUUGCCAGGCCUCGGGUUCAUGGUAGCCGCUUGGGCCGUGCGCUGGAUCGCCAUUGAUUCCGACGCGACGCUCGGGUAUCCUGGCGAGGGCCCCGCCGCGGCCGUGGCAUCAGUAGCAGUGGACCAGCCGCCAGAGCAGGUGCACGGCACGGCGGCGCUGACGCCUGAACAGGAAGACGAGACGAGGGAGUGCUGCGACCAGCCCGACCGGCCCUCCGGUCGAGGCGGCGGGGGGCCGGGCCUAGCUCCGGUGCCGGGUGGCCACGGCACGGCGCUACUUCAAGCAUUGGAGUGCGGGGGUGGCCUGGCGCAGUAUCGCGCGGAGAAGCUGUUCAUUUUCUUGGAGGGGAUGGUCUCGUUCAAGCCGUCGAUGUCACGGGGCGGGCGAAAGGCGGGGGAGAAGCUCGUGGGCGAGCACCUGAUCAGCAAGGCCCUGGUCCACGCCAGCAGCCCGGCGACCCUGGCCGCCGGCGCGAGGGCCCAGGAUGGGUUCGAGAAGUGGCUCCCCCGAGUGCAUCGGCAGACCCAGGCGCGGCCCCCGGCCUGCCAGACCAGGAGUCCGGCCCGCCGGUCGGGCGAUCGAUUUGGCGGCUGGGCAGCCGCCGCGGCCGCUGCCUACAGGGGCGCCGCUGCGCUCGCGAUUUCGAUUUCCGGCCUCGAAGUGCUGCCCGGCUCGCGCGCGGCCGGUUCUGUUGGCGCCAUGCCUCCGCUGCUCCUCGCGUCGUUCACAAUUGCGCUCGCCUGGCCGCCGGGGGCGCAGCUCCUGGCAUCGGUCGACACUGAUCCAGGCAGACUGGGCGAGGGCGCAUCGGAUGGGCAGUUGCCGCGAUCCGCUCCCGAUGACCGCGCCCGCCUGGCGCAGUUCGACCAGGCGCCCUCGGGCGCUGCGUUGCAGCAGCUCGUCGUGAAGGCGCGCUCAGAGAUCGCGGAGCUCCGCGCUGCGGGCCCGGAGCGGGAGGUCGCGUCGGGCCGGGAGAGGGCCGGCUGCGCUGCCCUGCCCCUGCGAGGGGCCAUCUUCUUUUCGGCGCCCAUCGUUGGUUCUGCCGAGACUAGCGAGAGCGCGCGCGGGGAGCUAAACGUCGCGAGCGCGGGCUUCGGCACCUCGUCGGCGUCGGCCCCCGCCUUCUACGCUGCCGGCAGGGCUUUCUCGAGCGCAUCGCCUCGGGCAACGAUUUCCACUGAGGGCCGCCUGAUGACUGCCCCCCCGAAGGGGGCCCACGCGGGGCUACUUCGAGGCCGCGGAGUCUACGACGCCGAGACGGCUUACACUACGCUGGCGCCCUACCACAGCGGCGGGCCCCCCCUCCUGGACGACGCGACCGCCGCGCCCGCUGUGGCCUCUCUGCUGCGCGGCCGCGCUCUCGAGUGCCUGGCGGAGGCUGAGGGGCAGGUGAUCGCGGCCGCCGAGGAGGCCCAGCUUGAUCGCGGCGUGAAUGGCGCGAUCAUGAUGCGGCAGUCGCCGGCGCCGCGCCGCAUUCAUCAAGGGCCCGAGGCGCCGCGGGCUGGUCCGAUCCGCACUUCGAGAACCCUUGGGGUGGAUUUGCUGACCGCGGAUCGCCUCGACCGCGCAGAGCACGGGAGCGACGGCGGCGACCCUGCGCUGCCCAUCUUCUUCGGCGAGGCCGACGUCAAGCAUUGCUUUAACCUCGUGAUGUUUGACGGCCAGAUGUCGCGCUACUUCUGCUACCCCAGCAGGGUGGCCAAGGAAUUCGGCGCGGUGGGGAACGGCAUUGGCGACAGGACUGCCGUCGCCCACGACCUCGCGUGGCCCUGCGCCCUGGCGCUCCCAAUGGGUUGGACGCAGUCGCUUUCCCUUGCCCAAGUCUCUAGCCCGGGCCUCGUUGAGAAGGCGCGGGCGCCGCCGUGGGGGUUGGAGGCGCUGAGGCGCUGGGUGCGCAACUCGAUGGCGACCGCCGCCACGCGGUCGACGCCCACUGGCGCGGGCCCGUCGGGCGAGAGUUCCGACGCCGGGGUCGACGCAGCCCGCGGCGGCGUCGCGUCCGACGAGGCUGCCGGCGUGGACGGCGAUGGCGUUGACACGGAUGUCGACGAAUCGACCGAGGCAGCGCGGGCCGAGGCGCAUCGCCAGCGCCUUCUGCGCGCCGCGUGCCGCGCCCGCAAUCAUUUCCUGCGGGCAGAGACGCCCCCGCCACAGUUGGCGCCCGAAGAGAUGGCGGUGACGGCGCGGGCAGGGAGGCAGCACAUCCUGGAGCUGCAGCAGUUCGUCAACUUUGCGCGCGCGGAGCAGCGCCCCGCGGCGGGCCUGGCCCAGGUCGUCGCGGCGCCGGUGAAGUACAUAAACUACAUGUUUCUGAAUGAGAGCAGGAGUGCCAGCAGCGAGGGCGGCAGAAGUGCCCGCCACGAGAAGUACGCGCGUCUCGGCAGCCUCUGGGACGAGCUCUCGGUCGCGAUGCGAUGUCACAUGAAGCUGCGCAGGGAAGAGCUCGCCGCGUUCUUCCUGUCGCCCAGCUGUUCCCCUUCCGCCGCCAGCCGCAUGAAGGUGACCUCCGAUGGUUCCUACGUGGCCGACCUCUUCGUUAGUUUGGGAAAAG